AUAUGAACGAGGAAUAAUUGACAUAAUAAUUUUUUGCCGAUUCCCUUCUCUUCUCUAACCUAAUCGAACCUCGUCUCAUUCUCAAAACUCACCGGCCGUUUUACUGCAAAUUCCGAUGCCGUACCCGGCAGCUGCCUUAGAAAAAGAUUAAGUUAAGUGCUUGCUUAUCAACUGAAGCGAUUGCAUGGAGUACUAGCGUGGACAAGGUCAAACGAUUUCGAAGUUUUGAUUUUUGCGAUAAAUGGUUUCUGUGACUGAGUUUUCUUCUGGUAAUCCAAACCUUCCAUGGCUUUGGAUUAUUGAGUAUUUAGCCAGCUUCAAGCAAGUAGACACGUCUGUUUUACACGAUUUGGUUGAAAUGGCCCCACAGUUACCUAUGGAUUUGGCAAAAAAUGCGAGGGAAAUGGUUGCUUUUAGAUGUUUGGAGGAUAUGUUUGGUGAUACAAAUGAACAUGUUAAUGACUGCCUUUCAGAUACAAAGGAGAAAGUUGGAUUUGCUUUAUCAGAAAGCUGUGAAGAUGUUCUUCAACACAUACUGCAGGAGACAUCGGCAUCAGAUCUCAAAGUGGAUGGACCGGAGUUGUUGAAAUGGGAUGUUCAUCCCUUUAUUAUGCAUAAAAGAGCUUUUAUGCCUAAAUGUGCUUUACAACAGCUGAAAGAUAUGAUUCUUGAAGGUAAUAAUCCGUUGGCUGCCUCCUUGAAGGAAAGUAGUGGACUGAUGUGUGUAAAUGGGAGUGGCAGAACCCACACUUAUGAUGUCAAUCAUAAUGCAAGGACAUGGAGAUUUAAUGAAGCAGGCACUCAUGUCCAAACAACGGCUAUGAAUGAGAGUUUGAUCCCUCCUACCUGUGAAAAUGGGAAUGAACUAUCGGGAGAUAAUUCUCAUAAUACAAAUUUAUUACCUUCUAAGAGAAACAGAAAUGAGUCAAAUAAUUUGGCUAAUGAUGAAAAUAUGGCAGGAGACUUCAAUGAAAUCCAAGGGGAAUUUGAUCUCCAUUCUAAUGUCAAAAAGCUUAAGCUGGAUGCAAAUUAUACUGACCUAUCUAUAGAACAGAACUCAGUUCCUCAGCCUCAUUGUGAGUCGUUAGAAAAUCUUCCUGAAAGAGUUGUUGGAGUUAAUUAAGGAGAAGGUUGUGAUGUUGCAAACCAAUCUCAAGAUGCAGGCAUGGAGGAAAGCCAGUUUCCAGAGGAUGGCUGUUCAGAGAGGCUUGGACGGAAUGGUGAUCUUAAUGAUGAUCAAAUCAAGCAUAAUCAAACAGUGGUUGAUCAUAUUCCUGAUAAAAUGCCUCAAGAUACAUCUGGGGAUGAAUCUAUUCAAAAUGUGUUAGUGGAUGAUGUCAAUGUUACUGAACCAAGAACAUCAACAGAGGCAGCCUUUUUGGAAACUCAGCAAAAUGAUAAUGCAGAUGAGUCCAAAGGUCAGACGGAGCCUUUGCAUGAAGAAGAAAUGUCAAGUGAUAAUGAUGAAUAUCUGAAUGAGAGAAUUGAUGUUGCCAAGAGGAAGAGUCAUUUCUUCAGCUCCCAAUGCUUCUUGGGUAAUGAUUUCCUGGUAGCAAGCAGCUUGACAGAACAAAACCUUUGUGUGAAAUGUAACAAAGAUGGUAAGUUGUUGGUUUGUAACACUAGUAAUUGCCCAUUGGUGGUUCACGAGAAUUGCUUGGGUUUCCCUGUGAACUUUGAUGAAACGGGAAAUUUUUAUUGUCCUUUUUGUGCAUAUUCUCUUGCAAUUUCUGAAUACCUGGAAGCUAAGAAAAAAGCCUCCAUAGCAAGGAAGAGAUUAGCUAAAUUUUUUCAUAAGAGUUUGGAGCAGCACCCGAAGGAACCUGCCAAGGAGUUGCACAGAAAAGAGAAAACUCAUUCAAGACAAAAUGGAAAUAAGGAAAUUUAUGAGAACGGUCACUUGGGAGGGCGAGAACAUAACCAAAUGAAACAAAAUGGCCAGCAUGUGUAUGAUUUCAGUGAUCAUCUAUGUCAGGAAAGUAUUGGUAAUAGGAAUCAAUCAGAGCCAUGUUUCAAUAACAAUUUUCCUUGUAGAGAAGAAAUGGCAAAUGUAGUUAGUGCGACAGUUUGUGUUUCUAACAGAGAAAAGGUAGGGAAAAAGAAUAUGGUUAAAGAGUGCCCAUCUGUAAAAGUGCUUGAAGAACAACAGGAUCAAGCACCAGCUAAUUGUAGGUCUGAUGCUGAUAAUUUAGCAUGUAGAGAUACAGAUGUAGCCCCUGUGGAUCUGAGAGAAGCUGAAGGGGAAAACAAUAAGUUCAAUAUUUCUAAUUAUUACAUACGUGUCCGCAGGCAAGAGAGGCAGUAUACAUACCCUGCAAUUCCUCAGUUGAGACGAAAACCAAUUCCAUGGACAGCUAAAGAAGAAGAGAUGCUUAAGAAAGGGGUAAAGAGAUUUACUACUAGUGUCGAUGAUAGAAAUAUUCCUUGGAAGAUGAUUUUAGAAUUUGGUAGUUCCGUGUUUCUGAAAGGUCGUACGACCAUAGACUUGAAGGAUAAAUGGAGAAACAUGUGCAAAGGAAGUCCAAGAGCCAAAUGAAAUGUUGUCAUUGCGGUCGGUUUUCUCAUGUAAAUACAUUUUACUAUCUUCUCUGCCUCUCUAAUCUCAUUUCAUAGUGGACUGGUGAUUAGUUGCUUCUGAUGGUUAAACAUCAUGUCAAUAUAAAUCGGAUCUGAUAUAAUGGUAUCUAGUUACAACCUAAGAGGAUGAGAGCUUGUAAAGACCUGUGAACAUCACAUUUUUUUCAGAGUAUUUUUGUUGGUGAGGAAAUCUUGUUAAGUGCAUUGCUAGUCACCCAGUUCUUUCCCAUGCAGCUCAUAUUGAAUAUUCCGUGUCAAUUCUCUGAGUAAUGUCCACUGUUUAAUAACGAGCCUUGAAUAUUAUUUCUUCUCCUUACAGGAGCAGUGAUGAAUAGUUUGCAUUGAUC